UAUCACGCAGCAUGAUAACGUAGGAGAAAAAUGGAGAAAGGAACUUAUAUUUUCUGAAGGUUAGGUUCAGCUGGUGAACUCCUUGUGGUGAAAUGGUCUUACUGACUACUGUGGUGUGGAGUCGAGGGUCAUUUGGUCAAACACAUUGUCACUUCAGUACCAAGAUGUGCUGACUGGGGAGAGGAGCUAGAGAGAGGAAGACUAGCACCAAUACCCACAACAAGGUGUUGCUUUAUCCAUCUCGGAUUAGGGUCACAGAGACCUGAAGACACCGGGUGUUGAAGAAUUGGGGCCCUGUUGCCUCACGGUGGCAAGUACUUGGUGGGACCAAAGAGAUCAGAAAUCAUGAUAUGGAACUGCUUUCUUUGACAACUUUUAAGAAUUUCUUGAAAGCGUCUGCUUUGGGUUUUGGUUCAUACUGGGAGUUGUAGAAAUCUCAGUUAAAAGUGUGAGUCAUCGCACAUCUUUCACUUGAUUGCAAAACCAAGUGCCAAAGUCGAGAAUUUGGUCGUAGUGGGAACUUGGUGCUGUGGUGGAAGGGGAUGCAGUUUGUGCCCCUGAUACACUGUGGUUUGUGGAAGCUUCAGGCACCAAUCAUUUCCAUUGCUGAGGAGUAAAGACUUGUCAAGAAGGUGCAGGAUGAAAAGAUGGCACUCCUGCUCGUACCGUCAGGACCCCACUGUCUGCGUCGGUUCACUCGCGAAUCCCUGGCUGCCAUUGAGAGGCGGAUCGCUGAGGAACAAGCGUUCAUCAACAGGAAAGGUCACAAAGAGGAGAGUGAGGAGGAAGAGCCCACUCCCAACAGUGACCUGGAAGCAGGCAAACAGCUGCCAGUCAUCUACGGCGAUGUCCCAUCAAAGCUCAUUGGUCAGCCUUUGGAGGACUUGGACUCCUUCUACAGCAACAAGAAGACAUUUAUAGUACUCAACAAAGGGAAGACCAUCUUCCGAUUUAGUGCCACCCCUGCAUUAUACCUACUGAGUCCUUUUCACCGUGUUAGAAGAAUAGCUAUUAAAAUUUUAGUACAUUCAUUAUUCAAUAUGUUUAUAAUGUGCACUAUUUUGACCAACUGUGUGUUCAUGACCAUGUCUGAUCCUGCCCCAUGGACAAAGAAUGUCGAGUACACGUUCACCGGCAUUUACACUUUUGAAUCAAUGAUAAAAAUUUUGGCAAGAGGGUUCUGCAUCGACGCAUUUACUUUCCUUCGCGAUCCAUGGAACUGGUUGGAUUUCAGUGUUAUUUUGAUGGCGUAUGUAACAGAGUUCGUAAACCUAGGCAAUGUUUCAGCUCUUCGAACAUUCAGAGUAUUGAGAGCGUUGAAAACGAUUUCGGUUAUCCCAGGCUUAAAAACCAUUGUAGGUGCAUUGAUACAAUCGGUGAAGAAACUUGCAGAUGUCAUGAUUCUGACGGUGUUCUGCCUAAGCGUCUUUGCACUCAUUGGCCUCCAGCUCUUCAUGGGGAACCUACGUCAGAAGUGUGUGCGAGACUGGCGGAUAUUCAAUGGGACCACACUGAACGAAACGGGCAACUACACUUGGCCUUGGAACGAGACGUAUGAAGAGUUUAUUCACAAUGAAGAAAACCACUUUAAGAUCGAAGGACACAAGGAUGCCUUACUUUGUGGGAACAACACAGAUGCUGGGAAGUGUCCCACCGGCUACAUGUGUCUGAAGGCAGGGAGGAACCCUGAUUAUGAUUACACCAGUUUUGAUACAUUUGGCUGGGCUUUCCUCUCGCUGUUCCGACUGAUGACUCAGGAUUACUGGGAGAACCUCUACCAGCAGACGCUGCGUUCUGCCGGGAAGGCGUACAUGCUCUUCUUUGUGGUGGUCAUCUUCCUCGGCUCCUUCUAUCUCAUCAACCUGAUCCUGGCUGUGGUGGCCAUGGCCUAUGAUGAGCAGAACCAGGCCACCAUCGCCGAGAACGUGCAGAAGGAGAAGGAAUUUCAGCAGACGAUGGAACAGCUUCGGAUACAGCACGUGCAAGCAGAGCAGGAAUUGUCCAGACUGGGGCAUGAUACCCUGUCGAGAACGUCUUCCGAGAGGUCACACCUAAGUGCCAAAAGCAUCAAGGAAAGAGGCGUCAGAAGCAGGAAUGGAAAAGAACUGGGGAUCUCAGAAGUGGAAAAGGGACCGAGAUCGGCAUCUGAAGAAGGCUUACCCCGGAAGCCUCUCCUGACGCCCAUUUUCUCCAACCACCAUCCGCUCCGGCGAAGCAGCAUUUUCCGCUUCCGGACCCACUCCGUGGAUGCCGCCCUGGGGAACGUGCUCUCGGACGACGAAGGCAGCGUCUUCAGCGAGAGCGAGAGCAUCAGGAGCUCCCUGUGCCUGCCCCCGCUCAACCGCACCAACAGCAACCAGAGCCACGGGAGCCACCGGUCGGUGUCAGGAGCGCUGCACGAGCGCCGGAAACGGCAGAGCGCCGUGGACCAGAACGGCGUGGUCUCCGUGGUCGGAGGGUCCCCUGUCUCGCCGAGCAUGCUCUGCCUUCCUCAGGUCACCAUGGACAAGCCAUUCACCGAAGACAAUCAGACCUCCCCAUCGGAUAACGAAGCGAGUAAGUGCCACCUGCUGACUGAUCACCGGGUCUCCGUCAGUUACCUGGAGGAGGCGCACCAGCGAGAGCGGGCAGUCAGCGCGGCCAGCAUCAUCACCAACACCAUGGAAGAACUUGAAGAAUCUCGCCUCAAGUAUCCUCGUUGCUGGUAUUACUUUUCACAAACGUUUCUUAUCUGGAACUGCUGUCCGCUGUGGAUUAAACUGAAGAAAAUAUUGAAGUACAUAGUGAUGGAUCCCUUCCUGGACCUAGCAAUCACAAUCUGCAUAGUGUUGAACACCAUAUUCAUGGGGUUGGAGCACCAGCCAAUGUCCGACGAAUUUAAUAACAUGCUCUACGUGGGGAAUCUGGUCUUCACCGCGAUCUUCACGGCCGAGAUGGUCUUGAAGAUCAUCGCCUUGGACCCGUACUACUACUUCCAGCAGGGCUGGAAUAUCUUCGACAGCAUCAUCGUCUGCCUGAGCUUGGUGGAGCUGGGCUUGGCUCGAGUGGACGGUCUCUCUGUGCUGCGCUCCUUCAGACUGCUCAGAGUCUUCAAGCUGGCAAAAUCAUGGCCCACCCUCAAACUCAUCAAGAUCAUCGGAAACUCGAUGGGAGCUCUGGGGAACCUGACCCUUGUUCUGGCUAUCAUUGUCUUCAUCUUCGCAGUGGUUGGGAUGCAACUCUUCGGCAAGAACUACAGCGACUGCGUUUGCAAGAUCUCGGACAAGUGCCAGCUUCCCCGCUGGCACAUGCAUGACUUCUUCCACUCCUUCCUCAUUGUCUUCCGAGUUCUGUGCGGCGAGUGGAUCGAGACCAUGUGGGACUGUAUGGAGGUGGCUGGGCAGCCCUUGUGCAUCCUCGUCUUCAUGCUGGUCAUGGUGAUUGGAAACCUGGUGGUAUUGAACCUGUUCCUGGCCUUGCUCCUGAGUUCCUUCAGCGCGGACAACCUGAGCUCACCGGACGAAGAUGGCGAGAUGAACAAUAUCCAGAUGGCCUUUGCCAGGAUCCAGCGGGGCCUCAGAUUCAUACGGAAUGCCAUCGUGGAGUUCUUCCAAAGCUUGUGCAAGAGCUCGGAACCCGCCAUGGAAGGGAAGACUAUGAUGGAACUGCCGGCCUACGUCUUCAACCACGCUGGCACUGAGAAAAGGAAGGAGGCCGAGCACAAGGACGGCAACGGCACGGCCGGCGGGAUUGGGAACAACGGCACCACAGUGGGGAACAGGAACGAAGGCUCUGCCACCGAGACCGGACUGAGCGAAUGCGUCCCCAUCGCGGUGAUCGAGCCCGAUCUAGACACCUGUGAGGACGAGGAGCAGAGCACCUUCACUGAAUUAGCUGUCGGUGAGCAGAAGCUGGACGAGAUCUCCAGUUGUUCCGAAGGAAGCACCAUCGACCUGACGAGCAAGGGGGAUGAGAUGGAGCACACCUCUGAGCACCUGGAGGAGGCCGUGGAUCCAGACGACUGCUUCACAGAGGCUUGUGUCCGCCACUUCAGCUGCUGCCAGAUUAACAUUACGACCGGCUUCGGCAGGGUCUGGUGGAACCUGAGGAAAACCUGCUACAAAAUUGUGGAGCACAACUGGUUCGAGACCUUCAUCAUCUUCAUGAUCCUCCUGAGCAGCGGAGCCCUGACGUUUGAAGACAUCAACAUUGAUAAGAAGCCGGUGAUAAAGGUGGUGCUGGAGUACUUGGACAAGGUCUUCACCUAUGUCUUCGUGCUGGAGAUGCUCCUCAAGUGGGUGGCAUAUGGCUUCAAGAAGUAUUUCACCAAUGCCUGGUGCUGGCUGGACUUCCUGAUUGUGGCGAUUUCUGUUGUUUGCCUCUUGACAAAGGCUCUUGGUUAUGACAAGUUUGUUACCAUGAAAUCUCUCAGGACCCUGAGGGCAUUGAGGCCUCUUCGAGCCUUGUCCAGAUUUGAAGGCAUGAGGGUGGUGGUCAACGCACUGGUCGGGGCCAUUCCAUCCAUCAUGAAUGUUUUCUUCGUCUGUCUCAUCUUCUGGCUCAUUUUUAGCAUCAUGGGAGUCAACCUGUUUGCAGGGAAGUUCUCUAAGUGCAAGAAUUUUACCAGCGGAGAAGUAUUCCCCAUCCAAAAGAUCAACAACAAGAGCGAGUGUGAAGCCAUGAACAGUUCAGAGGUCCGCUGGUACAACGAGAAGGUCAACUUCGACAACGUUGGUUUGGGCUACCUCGCCUUGCUGCAGGUGGCAACCUUCAAAGGCUGGAUGAACAUAAUGUAUGCGGCCGUUGACUCAAGAAACAUCGGUGAACAGCCCGAGUACGAGACCAACGCAUACAUGUAUGUCUACUUUGUGGUUUUCAUCAUAUUUGGCUCAUUCUUCACCCUGAAUCUUUUCAUCGGUGUCAUCAUUGAUAACUUCAACCAGCAGAAGAAAAAGAUAAGUGGUCAGGACAUCUUCAUGACAGAGGAACAGAAGAAAUACUACAAUGCCAUGAAGAAAUUGGGCUCAAAGAAGCCACAGAAACCUAUCCCAAGGCCUUUGAAUAAAUUCCAAGGGGUCAUCUUCGACUUGGUCACGAAACAAGCCUUCGACAUCAUCAUCAUGAUCCUGAUCUGCCUCAACAUGGUGACAAUGAUGGUGGAGACAGACGACAUGGACCCCUACAUGGAAAGAAUCCUCUUCAUCAUUAACACCAUCUUCAUUGUGCUCUUCACCACUGAGUGUGCGCUGAAGAUCAUUGCCCUGCGGCAGUACUUCUUCACGAUUGGCUGGAACAUAUUUGAUUUUGUGGUGGUGAUCCUCUCCAUUAUUGGUAUUGUGCUGUCGGAUCUCAUUGAGAAAUACUUUGUGUCACCCACGCUCUUCAGAGUGAUCCGGCUGGCGCGCAUCGGGCGGAUUCUCCGGCUCAUCCGAGGGGCCAAGGGGAUACGGACCCUGCUGUUCGCCCUCAUGAUGUCGCUGCCUGCGCUCUUCAACAUCGGCCUCCUCCUGUUCCUGGUCAUGUUCAUCUACGCCAUCUUCGGCAUGGCCAACUUCGCCUAUGUGAGGAAGGAGGACGGCAUCGACGAUAUGUUCAACUUCGAGACCUUCGGCAACAGCAUGAUCUGCCUCUUCCAGAUCACCACGUCGGCGGGAUGGGACGGCUUGCUCAGCCCCAUCCUCAACACCGAAAGCCCAGACUGCGACCCCAAGAAGGAAAACCAGGGCACCAACGUCAAGGGAGAUUGUGGCAACCAGUCGGUGGGGAUCAUGUUCUUUGUCAGCUACAUUAUCAUCUCCUUCCUCAUUGUGGUCAACAUGUACAUAGCCAUCAUCCUGGAGAACUUCAGCGUGGCCACUGAGGAGAGCUCGGAGCCCCUCAGCGAGGACGACUUCGAGAUGUUCUACGAGGUGUGGGAGAAGUUUGACUCCGAGGCCACACAGUUCAUCGAGUACUCCGCCCUGUCCGACUUCGCGGAUGCCCUGAAGGAGCCCCUCCGCGUGGCUAAGCCCAACAGACUCAAGCUCAUCGCCAUGGACCUGCCCAUGGUGAGCGGAGACAGGAUCCACUGCUUGGACAUCCUCUUCGCCUUUACCAAGAGGGUGCUGGGGGAGUCGGGCGAGAUGGACGCCCUGAAGCUGCAGAUGGAGGAGAAGUUCAUGGCGGCCAACCCCUCCAAGAUCUCCUACGAGCCCAUCACCACCACCCUCCGGCGGAAGCAGGAGGAGGUGUCCGCCAUCAUCAUCCAGCGGGCGUACCGGAGGCACCUCCUGCGCCGCUCCGUCAAGCAGGCGUCCUACUUGUACCGCCACAGAACUAGCGAUGUGAACGUUAUCGCGGAGGAGGCCCCCGAGAGGGAAGGGCUGCUCGCUGCCAUGUGGAGGGAGCACUACGGUCCCGAGCUGGAGAGGUCAGAGACAAUGUCCUCCUCCUCCUCCCCACCGUCCUACAACAGUGUCACCAGAGCCGUGGGCGAGAGCGUCGUGGUGAAAGUGACCGACCCCGGACCCAUCCCGUCAAGUGACUCUGUAAGAGGUCCCGACAGAGACAGGGAGUCCUUGGUGUAACAACCAAUGCUUUUACAAUGUCUUGUUUACACAAAAGGAAUGAUAACACGGUUGUCACGGAAGAUAAGGAGGAAAAAGAAAAUUUAAGCUUUUUUUUUCACUUCUUCGGCAAAAGUUCAGGCCAGGGGACGCGGUUGACCUUUGUCCUUGGUUCUGACAGGCUUUGCUUUGAGCUUCAUAUGACAAGGAAGGAGCCAUACAGGACUGUGGUGGUGAUAUCGAUAAUGUGUAGGCUGGGAUCAGGAAACGAAACACAACACUAUCACUGCUCACAAACGAUAGUGAUGACUGUAUGCAUUUAUUUGAGAUAAUAUAAUGGUGUGUCUCUUGCUGGAUAUGUAUGACCUUGCAUUAACAAUUAUCACAACUUCUGUAGCAAAUGUAACACUUAUUGCAUAUGUUAUGGGUCUUUCAUAAAUUUAUUAUAAUAUUUGAUAUUUUUCUAUCUGAGCAUAUAAUUGCCUGUUUUUGCACCAGGAUUAUAUAAGGUCCUGCCUCUUGAAAUUCAGGGCCAUCUCCUGAAGCCAAGCCAACAGCUCCAUCCGGCACCAGCGCUCUCUCGCCCCGCCUUGGUUGGGACAACCUCACGGGACUCGCUCAGGGGCCACCCACGCCCAGGGUGAUCCGGCGCCCCAAACCCGCCUCCACAAGACCUCCAGCCAAGACAGCACCGACCGAGAACAAAGUGUCCGAG